GUAGGGACGAGGAGACGCCCAUUUCAAAAUUCAAAAUUCGAAUCGAUUGCCGUCCAUAACGGCCGCAGCGCCGCCGCGAGCCACCACCAUAUAAGCCGCCUCCCCCUCAUCACCGUCCCUCAUCUCCACCUCCGUCGCAUUCCGUUCCCACCAGCUUCCUCCCAAAGCACCACCACCUUCGCCGGAGCCAUGACGAGGGGUGGCGGCGGCGACAUGAAGUCCUUCUUCCGGCAGCAGAAGGCGCACACCGGCGCCGCCGCCGCCACAAAGCCCACCGGCGGCGUCUCCAAGGAGGCGUCGCGCCACCACCAAAAGCCAGCACCCGCCCCAGAUCACGGCGCUGACGCCGACGCGAGGAGCCGGCAGGAGGAGGAGCGGGAGAGAGCGGCCCGGGAGUUCGACAUGGACAUGCGGUACGGGCCCUGCCUUGGCCUCACCCGAGCCCAGCGCUGGCGCCGCGCCUCCGCGCUCGCCCUCGCCCCGCCGCCGGCCCUCCUCGCGCUCUGCGCCGACGACCAGCCCUGCCUCUGGGAGGGCCGCGUCUAGGCCAAGGCGUGCGCCGCCCUCGCCUCGCUCCCAGUAGCAGCUUGUGUUAAGCCGCAGCAUCCGAUCCAUUCUGCUUCCAGCAUCCACACCUCGUGGUAGUAUCACUGGUCCCAACCAUCUCUAGUAGUUUACUGUACCGUCGUCUUUUCGUCUCCAUCUUGCGGUUUCCUCCAUGCCAAUCGAAGCUUAUGUGAUGCCAUGCCAUGGCAAGUGAUGUGAUGACCUCUUGUACUUUAGUGUCUGGUGUGUUACUGUGAUCAGAAUUCAGAGCAGAAAAUGGCAUUUCUUUCUUGUGUUCUUGUUGUAGCAACAUGGCAUUUCUUUCUUGUA